ACUUCAGUUUGUGGUCAACCAUUGUCGGGUUUAGGCGGUGUAACACUUUAAAUCGGGUUUUGGGGUGAAAUAUCGUACAUCGGACUCGUUGAUAGGUGGUUUCUGGUUUUGGGACGAAGUUUGAAUCCGAAUUGGUGUCCGCCUCCGUUAGUUUUACUAUUUUAGUUUGUGAUUGCGCUGAGUGUGUGCCGCCAUGAAAUUGAAACGAUUGUGUUAAUUUGUGCACAUUAUUUUACAAUACUUUUGCGGUUCAAAAUUCACAGCUGACGAAUGUGUUGUUACGGUUUUACUUUUACCUCAAACAUGCCAAGCUUUUGAUUUCGUUAACUCAAGCAUGGGGGAGAUGAUGGAGAAAUGAGUCGAGCGGUAUGCAGUCAAUUUGUGGAGAAGGGAGAGAUAAUCAUAAAUUGCCUAUUGUUUUGAUGAGAGAUGUGAAGCAAGAAACGUUAUUCAAAUUCUCCGUUCACCGUGAUACGUGUAUGUGCGAGGAUUUGUGAACAAUAGCGCACCUAUAGUAUUAUUACUCUGGCUGAUACCAUAAGCCGGCAAGCUGUGGAAAUAAUAGAAUUUAUAACAGAAACAAUAGUUUGUGUGUCUGCUGCUCGGGGUUUGGAUUUCGUUGGUCGUGGAUGCGGCAGAUUGGUGUAGACGUGAAAUCAAAAAGACGACGAGUGGAAACUGCAUUGAAACACAUCUUUCGGUUUGUGGGUGUGGAAGAGAAAGACAAGUAUAACGAGUGGAAAGGAUAAGUGGAAGUACCUUGUGCAAUUGAUUGUAACAAUCUAGGAGAGAUCAGCUGAAAUCAUUGCGCACACGGGGUUCAUCGAAGUGAAACCGCAACCAGUCGACAACCGACGGCGAAGAUCGUCGUGCACUACAAAGUUGGGAUAAAGUUGUAUGUACUACCUUUGUAUGCAAUACCUGCCUGUCUGGGAAACUGCACCGACCGAUACAUCAUUAUUUCCACAUCCGUCCGUAGGAUUCACCGGCUUGUUUAUGUUUUAACGCCAGCUAAGAAGACGGAUUAGACGCGAACCGCUAGGCGGCGGCAGCAGCAGUUGCAGCGAACUCAUCCGAGGUAGGAGCUGAGUUCGAUUUUGCCUCGUCAGUUUGGUUCGAGACAACGACGUUGGAUACCGUUUGUAGCUGAGGCGGUUCAUGCAGAGAGUAAGAAAUUGUGCCGAAAUUUGAACUGCGAUCAUUUCGUAACGAUAAACAGCUCUUACUGCCAGAAGGAGGAAGUUGGACCAUCAUCGCGCGACAACUAGAUUUGUAAGCGCAAAAACUAAAUAUGGACCUGAGAAAAUGAAUAAUGCUGCGAUAAUUUGGCCGGUGGACGGUGCGAAGUGCACUUCACCCCUUAUCUCAGGCGUUUGUUAUUUUUUACGAGCCUUCCGUUGCCACUGGCUGUUGCAGUGAAACAGAGAAAGGAUCUCACGGCAGCGUAAAGUAGUUCAAUUUGCUUAAGUGAGCCGAAACCGAAGAGCGUUUCGUAAAAAAAGCUUGUGGAAGUUGCAUUGUGUUCAAAGAGUGUUAAAGCAGAAAGGUUGGAAAAAUAAAGGAAAAGUGUGUGCAAUUUAAUGUUAAAUGAUUUUUUGUUUCUCUUUUUGAUUUACUGUGGCGUGGCGCUGUAUACUUUUAGGUUUUGUUUUCCUCAUUGAAUGGUUUUAAAUUGAGAUUUUAUUAGCUAAUGAGAGGCACGAGAAGAAGAAAGUGAAGUGUUGCAAAUUGAUUGUGUGCAAGCCGAUUGGCGGUGGUGUGCCGCGCGUUCCAUGAGGGGGUAGUAAAUUGCAACCGUCCAACUGUAAAUUAGUGCGAGAAGAAACGAUUUGGCUUGCUUGCGGUGCGAUUUGCUGUGGACCUUUGCGCCGCGGAAGCUUGGUGGCGGAAAAGUUAAAGGCAAUGCUGCGUUCACCAGCUCACCUGAUUGGGCAUGGACCGACCGGAGCCGGUGGUGGCGUUAUGAGCCUUCACAGUCAUGCAUCAUCGCCGCCACACGCCCGAACGUCACUGUUCGAUUCUUGUCAUCGCAAAAUUCGGCUGAUCGGUGGCGGACCCGUGGCGUUCCUCGGAGGAUUAGUAGCAAAAGCCCGACGCAAGGAACGAGACGGCGACUCGAGUCAGAGUGACACAAAGCUAUAUCUGGAGGAAGGAGUAUUGGAACGCAAACUACCAGACGCCGAUCUGAGGUUACUGGUGGACCUGCCAGCUGGUUUAGACUAUAAUGAAUGGCUUGCCUCGCAUACUUUGGCGCUUUUCGAGCACGUGAACUUAGUGUACGGAACGAUUAGUGAAUUCUGCACCACAUCCGGCUGUCCAGAUAUGACCGGUCCAGGAACUAGAAUGUAUCUGUGGUUCGACGAGAAGGGCAAGAAGACGCGGGUCGCGGCUCCCCAGUACAUCGAUUACGUGAUGACGUUCACGCAGAAGACGGUCAGCGACGAGUCGAUAUUUCCCACCAAAUAUGCCAAUGAAUUUCCUAGUUCGUUCGAGAGUAUUGCUAGAAAAAUUUUACGUUUACUGUUCCAUGUGAUUGCGCAUCUGUACGCUGCGCACUUCCGCGAGGUGGCACUCCUUGGGCUGCACGCGCAUUUAAACCUCACCUUCGCCCAUCUGACUGCUUUGCAUAGGCGUUUCAAUUUAAUAGAACCCAAAGAAACUGAAGUUUUACGUGAUCUAGAAAUCGCUUUACGCUUAACCGAUGACCCAGCAGCACCAUCGUCUACGGGCAGUAAUGGUAAUCCCAGUGGUGGAUCGGAUAGUGCGUCCGUAUCGGCUACUUCGAACUCGACGUCCUCAACCGGAACUGGUGGUAGUACGGUGGGAACCGUGACGGGAGGGGGAUUGAUGGCGGUGGCAACGGCGGGAGGGUCCUAUGUGGAGAACAAUAAUAGCAGCAGUAGUGAUAGUGGCGUUGCAAUGAUGCACUCGCUGAUAGAUGGCGAUGCGACGGCGCAGCCAAUCUGUAAACAACCGUUAGAAUCGGGCAGUGUAAAUAAUAGUCAUAAUGCUACUAGUAGUAGAGAACAAAUGAUGCAGACGUGCGGUCCAGGGGGUGGUGGCGGUGGCAGCGGCAGCAGCACCGGAAGUGUCGGUGUCAUCGGCUGUGGUGUUGGCUACAGUACCGGUAUUACCAGCAGUGGCACCAGCACACACAGCACACAGCAGACCUCCAAUCCACAAACAACGGCAUAGUGGAUACGUUGGACGGCUAGUGUAGGCGCCGGGGCCGGUUCCAUUUUCCUGCUGGGCGGGGCUGCGUGUUGUGGAGCCUUACAGCUUCAAACCAAUCUCUGACCAAAAUGUGAUUUAUCCUCUAACGAUACAAAAGGAGAAAAGGAAAUAAAAACAAACAAAAACAAAAAUUUAAUGCAAACAGCUACCAAGAAAAAAAUGCUUAAUUCUUAGAGUAGCCCCUAGUGGAUACGAGAAAGUCAACCUAGAUACAAAGCAAACAGAAAAUCCCACUAUCCAAAAAGUUAAGCAAGUUUCUUAAAUGCAGAACAAACAACCAACACGUAACACAGAGUACACUUACUUCCAAUUGACUGGAAAACAAAAAUAAAACAACCAAUAGAUUAGAACAACAAACAACUAGCAAAAGAAUGCACUACCCAAACAAACAACAGCAACAAAAAAACGACAUAGAACAAACAAGCGCUAAACUAGGAAGCAUUACACUCCUUGAUUUAUUCGGCUAUAAGUGGAUAUAAUUUAUGUUGUGUAUUUAGAUAAGUUGAAACCCAUCGUCGAAUGGCGACGUUGCUGCAUCCCACACCUGACUUUUCUUACGGUGAGUUGCGCAGCUGGUUGCUCCUAGCAUAACCUAUGCGUACCGUUUAGAAUAAAAUUCAAAAUCGAGUUCAUUGUUUAGGGCAGCAAAUCACGCAAAAAAAAAACGAGAAACAAAACGCGGUGGGUCCCACUCACACCGACAAACACUGCGAUACGUAAGUGCAUAGCAGAGCAGCAGUACGUAAAGCCACUUGUGCCGGGAACAGCUUCGCUCUCGCAUAACAAAGAUACGCAAAUAGAUGAGUUUUUUUUUUGAUUUUUGAUAGGAUUAUGAUUGUGAUUCAGUAGAUAUGUUUUACUAAUUACCAUUACUGCUAUUAUCAUUAUUAUUAUUGUCAUUUUUUUUUUUUCAUUUUUUUACAAAAACAAGAAUAGAAAUUUUAUUUUCGUUUUUAGUCUGGGUAGAAACGGCCUGCUAGGGUUUGAUAAAGUGUUACCGCAAUUGAUUAAAGUAAUGAUCGCAGUGGUUUGGGUUUUCUGUGGUCGUAGCUAGACACUUUAACUUCAACAGUCUAAAUUGCAUAUUUAUUUAUUUUAAUUCUUGGCUUCCAUAGAAUUGGUUCGGAAAUGACUUUCUUCUCAACACAAACUUAUACUUUUUGAGUAUUUUGUGACUUUUUAUCAUAAUUUGACUUCCAUAACCAUGCAAGUAAACUCAAUUGGUACUCUAUUCUUCUUGUCAACGCUCAUCUACCACAGAAUUGAACCCAACCCUAAGCAAUGACAGACGUUUCCUUUGAUUAGUUUUUAUAAAACAGCUCAACAGAAACGAAAAAGCGCAGUCUCAUUAGGGGCUCCGCCAACGGAAGCAUAAGAGCGACAACAAAGAACAAAUAACUGCGACUAAAAAGUGAUACUCUCAUUUAGAAACUUGUGUAUAAUGGUGUACUUUAUCAAGAAACCCUCCUUUGUUUUGCACAUAUUUUAUGUACUGUUUACCUAGCUGAUUGUUUCUUAACUUAUUUCGUUCUUCGCUUAGUUGUUGAUUAAAUUUUUACUGUUUUACGAACGCUUAACUAUUUCUUCUGCAGACUGUGUUUACUUUCAUGAAUCUAAAUGCUCACAUCGAAGUACUGUCUCUUUUGAUUUGUUUCAUUCCGGUUCAGCUUUGCCUAUCGAAUCGAAUACGUUGCAGUAGCAGCAGUGGACAGUGUUGACAAUUUGUUUACAAGCUUUUUAAACACUGAGCAGAGUUAGCGUCAGGUUUAGCAAACAAGUCAAUCGUGUUCGAAAAAAACACAUUCGAAUUGCAGCAGUCUAACGAAAAAAGGAAGCAAAGUAUACAAAAUCACUCACUCACUCACACGCAUAUACAUACAAUUAGCAGAAGUCACUGUUUGCUGAACCAGAACAAACCUUUAGAAUUGUUAAUGAAGAAUAUAAAACUUAAUGAAUUAAAUCCUAAUAUAAAAAGAAAACCGAGAAACAAAACAAAAAAAAAAUAAAAUGUUGCUGCAAUUAAACAAAAGAUAGACAAGUAGACAAAAAAUACAGAGAGAUAAAACAUGAGGUCUAUAUAUUUAAUACAAAAACGAAAAAUAAAAAUAAAGGAAAAAAUAUAUUAACAUAUAUUGUUGUUGUUGGCUAUGCCAUUAAAUUGAAAGAAACUAGAAUUUCGAGCAGUAAGUAAACCGAGAGACAGAGGAAAACAGAAAAAAAUACACUAGGGGUCUUCACAUCGAGCUCGUAUACGAAUACCCAGCCGUAAACUGUGUAUCUUCCAUUACUCGUCAAUGGUGGUGAGUAUUUUUACGGCUGGGUACUUGUUUACGAGCUCUACAUGAAUACCCAUACUACGUUAAUAAGCGUAAAUAGCUUGAUAAAUUAAACCUACACCGAUAGGAUAACCGAAUGACAAACGGAAGGCAGACAACAGUUUGUUAGUAACGCACAGAGCACGAGAAAAUUUCACAUCCAGAUGUUCUGUUUUUUGUUUUAGUUUUAUUCUCGGCUUUUUUUUUAAAUGUUUGUUUGAAGUCGCCAACGAAUUUUUUUUUCAUAUUCCACUGUUUUAGAUCUCACCAAACAAAGAACUUAAACUGAUUACUAGUUUUUUUUUUUUUUUCAGUAGCUUACCUUCGCAUCGUCGCUUUAUUCAUCAACAUCAUCUUCAUCAUUCAUCAUCAUCGUCAUUGUUACUAUGAUCAACGUCUGGAUCGGAUCGGUUUCUCGUCGUUUCGGAAAAAAUUGGCUGUUCUGAAGCAGCUAGCAAACCAAAAAUGAAAGUGGCACAUACAAGACAAUAUCGAUAAUCAAUUACAAGUGUUAGAAUGUGAAAACAGUAGCAACAAAGACAAAAAAAAGUUCAACAAAACUGAGCAGUUCACGUUGCGCCUGGCGCAGAAUUGAAGUAAGAUGAGGAAAGUAAUGAAAAAGGCAAACCGCGCGGUUUUGUUUUCAGCAUCAACUUGUCCGAUUAAUUUACUGCUUACAGUCUGGCCAGUGGCCAGAGAAACAGGUAAAGUUAAAAUUAUACAAAUGUGGUAGCAAAAAAAAUCGGCAAAAGCACAGCGUUUAUUGUUUUGAUUGUUGUACAAAAAUAAGUAGCACUGGGGAGGCAAAGAAGUUAAUUAUUGGCAUUUAUUAUUGAUUCAGCAAAAUAUUUAAAAAAAAUAAUCCACAGGUGAGGUGAAAGAAAAAAGGAAGAAGGAAAGAUGUAAAACCAAGUAAAGAUUAGAGGAUAAACAUGAACUGAGAGGAACCGUUCCUGGUCCCAUGCAAACUAAAUGUACAGAGAAAUGCAAACAAACAAAAAAACUAGAGCGCAGUAUUACGCUGAUUGACAAAAAAGUGGCCUUUAGAAGAAAUAUUUGUCUAUUGCGUCCUGUUACUUCCGUUUUGGGUUCAAACGCGCGUGCAUCCAUACAUAUACACAGAUACGCAUUACACAUAAGCAGGACAAGAGAUUUUCAUGUUCAGAUACUAUUUAGCUGGAAGGAGAAAUUCCAAGUGUAUGGGUCAAGCACGGUUUGGGUUCCAUUCAAUGUGAUUCUGGCAAACAUCUUUUGUUGAGGAAUUACGUUUAUCCAAAUGAAAUUUUUCGAACAUCAGAAUAAGCCGAUUAUUUUAGAAGCAAUAUUGCUUCAAUGCCAUACUUCAUGGCUACAUGGGAAAAAAAUUAACUUUACAAUGUUCCAAUGGUUAUCUUCAUGCAAUGUAAUUUGAUUGUGGGACUACAUGUUCACUGUUUACCAAAUUUUGAAGUACAGUGCCUCCACAAUUAUGAGUCAGCUACAAUUAUGGGUCACUUCUAUGCAAAUACUUGUAUUCUCACGAAACUGAACACUUUUCAUUGGCAGUGGUAUUUUUUAUAACUCAAUUGUAACCCUUUUCAUACGAUUGCAAUGAUUUAAUGUUGAAAAUGUCACUAAGAACAAUAAUUCUGCUCGGUGCAAUAAGUGAAGUGACCCAUAAUUGUAGUAAUGUUACGUUUUGCGGUGCACAAUUGUGGGUCAGUCCAUAUUUUGGCUAUUUUUAUUACUUUUACUAAUAAAAUAACAUAUUACAUAUAAAUAACAUAUUACUAAUAAAAUAACAUAUUAUCAAGCUUUUACAACAAUAAAAUAACUUUUGUGAUGGAUUUCGAAGGUUUUAUAAACCAAAUGAUCUUGAAGGCCAAAAGUGACCCAGUCUUUUGCUAUGCAAGUACUAUUUUUCUUCUUAACCGAUUUACACACAUCAGCUGCAGUGAAACUAAUUGUCGAUCGAAAGUAUACAUCAGAACACAGAAAUAGAUAGUAAAACAUUCGUAGUUGAUAACUUUUCCGAUUUUAUAUUCAUUUUUCAACCUUUAGGCAACACGUUGACUGACCCAUAAUUGUAGAGGGACUGUAUACAAAUUCCUCGAUAUUUUCCCAAGCAUCCAGAAUCGCUGCUUUGAGCUCAUCGACUAAAGUACACUGCUCUCUCGGUAUAAACCUUGAGAAUCAGGCUUCCCCAGAUGUUUUUGACAUGACUUAUAUUUUCUAUUGCUGGAACCCAACGUAGCGUAAAACAUGCACUUGGAAUGAAAACUCAUUCACCGAGCUGCUUUUGAUAAUUCUAAAAAGUUGCUAGUGACGUUAGGGUUUACGACAUAAUCAAAUGUAUAGGUGCGUUACAAUUUGUUGCGUUUGAAUAGCAAAAACUACACUCAUAACUCAUCGCUGUUACAAUGAGCAGAAAGCUUUACAAAUAUAGGUCACGAAGUUCUGCCACAUAAAAAUUACCACUUUCAUACACCCAUGUUUUAGAGCAUGCAUCAGCUACCAGGGAAAUUUUCUCUGGCAGCUCCGUUAAACAGUUAGUGGCAUAUCGACAGCAACCUGUCCAUCAAACACAUUUCACGCUAGUGUACAUAACAAGUAUGGUGGUACUACUCUAUCCGUUACACGAAACAUGGUCGUAACUAGAAGCGAACUCUCCUCAGUAAAUCUAACCACUUAACCGAACCCAUAAAUCCGAUUUAUAAAUAUAGAAAAGCAUGUCCUAGCAUGCGUCAUGUAAAUACACUUGUACCAUAUUUAGAGAUUAACAAAAAAAAAAAAACGAGAGAAGAGAUUACUUAUUGCCAGACAUGUUGACUCUGUAGAGGUACGAAUGUUCUUUAAACAUUUUUAGCAGCAGCAGCAGCAGCCACCAAUCAACCAAUCGACCUAAUGCUAGAACAAGAGCCUAGCGCUUCGGGUGGCAAAAAACGAAGAACAAAAUAACGCCCUAUGAAUAUGUUUUGGAAUUAUCCCAAAACUAAUACUAAUGGUUAUCGUUGUAGAAACGCUAUGCAGUAGAAACCCGACCUCGGAAUACCUGGCGCAGUGCCCGCGAGGGAAUUCGGAGCACAGUACGCGUUACUUUAUUUAUACUCUAACUUUGUGUAUACUGAACUAGAAUCAACUGAUUACAAAAAAAAACUUUUCGUGCAACAAUUGAGACAAAAAAAAGAAAAACCUACGGAAAUAGAUUUUAUUUCUAUCUAUAAUCGAUUCACGAUUGAAACAGGACACAACAGAUCAGAUUUAUGACAUAAUAAGAGAUCUAAAGAAAUUUGUGAAUAGUGUUUAAUAUUUGAUUACAAAAGAAUAAAGAGAUACCUUAUCCGCCUCACUUGAAUAAAUGAAGCUCCAGCACUGUUUUCA